GUCUUGCUGUCAAAAAAAAAAACUGAUAUUUCGUCUUCGUGGCCUCUGGGGGGGAAGAAGAAGGGGAAAACAAUAAUAAUCGUCGGCGCGUUUCAGAACUGCGGGAGCCCCACGAAGUGACGAGCUCCAUCGCAAUUCGCAUCUCUGCUCGCGUCGGCGACGCCAAGGCUGACCGAUUCCACGGAGGAGGCGGCAGGGGAUGGAUCAGCGGCGUGGGCGGCGCGCGCACACGGCGGACGAGGCGGCAGCGGUGCUGCGGAAGGCGUGGUGCCGGAUGCGGCUGUCGGCGCGGGACCCUGCGCGUGUGGCGCCGUGGGACGCCGUCGUGCUCACGGCCGCCAGCCCCGAGCAGGCCGCGCUCUACGACCGCCAGCUCGCGCGGGCCCGCCGCCUCGGCCGCUUCCCGGCCACCACCACCGCCAUCGCCGUCCCGGACCCCGACGCGGCUCGCAUCGGCUCCGGCGCCGCCACGCUCCACGCCGUCGCCUCCCUCGCCCGCCACCUCAUCUCCCAGGCUUCCAAGGAAGAGAUCGCCGAGUUCCUGCCCGGAGCAGAUGCUUCUUCUGCAGAUGACAUCCCGCUUGCCUCCUUGGUACGCUUCAUGGCGACGAAGCACGUGCUGCUGCUUCACGCCGGCGGCGACAGUAAGAGGGUCCCGUGGGCGAACCCCAUGGGGAAGGCUUUCCUGCCAGUGCCUUACCUCGCCGGAGACAAUCCCGAUGGGCCCGUCCCGCUUCUCUUCGACCACAUCCUCGCCGUCUCGUCCAGUGCAAGGCAAGCUUUCAAGAACCAAGGUGGGAUCUUCAUAAUGACGGGGGAUGUUCUCCCGUGCUUUGAUGCGUCGAACUUGGUUCUUUCUGAUGACGCUGCUUGCAUUGUCACUGUGCCAACCACUCUGGAUGUGGCUUCUAACCAUGGAGUGGUUGUAGCGUCCAAGGAUGGAACCGAUGGGGAGAAUUAUUCUCUCUGCUUGGUUGAUAAUCUCCUGCAGAAGCCAACAGUGAAUGAGCUUGUGGAGGGCCAGGCCUUUCUAGAGGAUGGUAGAGCACUACUUGACACAGGGAUAAUCGCAGUGAGGGGUAAAGCAUGGCAGGAGCUUGUUGGUCUUGCAUAUUCAUCUAGUGAGACCAUGGUUAAAGAGCUCAUAACCAGCAGAAAAGAGUUAAGCUUAUAUGAAGAUCUUGUGGCUGCAUGGGUACCAGCCAAGCAUGAAUGGUUGAGGAACCGUCCUUUCGGCAAGGAACUACUUGCUGCUUUAGGAAGACAUAAGAUGUUCAGCUUCUGUUCAUACGACUUCUCAUUUUUACAUUUUGGUACAUCUGCUGAGGUUCUUGAUCACUUGGCGGGUUCAUAUUCAGGACUUGUAGGUCGAAGGCACAUGUGUUCGAUACCAGAAACCACUGCUUGCGACAUUGCUACGACGACUGUCAUUUUGUGUAGCAAAAUUUCUGCUGGGGUCUCAAUUGGAGAGGAUUCAUUGGUUUAUGACUCAUCACUUUCAGGUGGAGUACGGAUUGGCUCACAGUCCAUUGUUGUUGGGGUGAAUAUAAAUGUGUUACAGGGGGAUAGUCCUCAGAUAAUCAGGAGUAGCACAUGUUUCACAUUACCUGAUCGACAUUGUCUCUGGGAAGUACCAUUGGUAAACUCCAUGGGAAGAGUUAUGGUGUACUGUGGUCUUCAUGACAAUCCAAAAGUUUCAGUUGAGAGGGACGGAACAUUCUGUGGAAAGCCAUGGACUAAUGUCUUGGAAGAUCUAAACAUCAAGGAUACAGAUAUGUGGGACUCAGGCAACCACGACAAGUGCUUAUGGAAUGCAAGGCUUUUUCCCAUCAUGUCCACCCCUGAAAUGCUAAAUAUUGGCAUGUGGCUUAUGGGAUCAGCAUGUGAUCCAGAUGGAGAAGUUGCUUGUAUGUGGAGAAAAUCACAGAGGCUCAGCUUGGAAGAACUGCAUCGUUCAAUCGACUACCAUCAGCUUUGCAUGGAUUCAAACAAGCAUCAAGCAGAUCUUGCAGCUUCCAUAGCUAAAACUUGUAUGACAUAUGGCUUACUUGGGCGUAACCUGUUUCAACUGUGUGACGAAAUGCUCGAAGAUAAUGAUUUCAGUUUAGAAGUCUGUAAAGAAUUACUUUCAUUUUCUCCAAGCCAUGGGGAUGAGUAUCCUGGCGUUCUUCCUAAGAGCAGAGGAUUUCAGGUAAAAAUGGAUCUGCUUAGAGCUUCUGGAGAUCUUUCCACUGCUUCUGUGGUUGAAGAGAAAGUAUGGGCUUCUGUUGCAAGUGAAACUGCAUCGGCAAUAAAAUAUGGAUCUAAAGAACCACCAAGCAAUGCCACAAUUUCAAGUAAUGGAUACUUCCAUCCUAAGAAAGCUUUUGUAGAAUUACCUGUCCGUGUUGACUUUGUUGGGGGUUGGAGUGAUACGCCUCCAUGGAGCUUGGAGCGUCCAGGUUGUGUUUUGAAUAUGGCAAUACGUUUGGAAGGAAGCCUUCCAGUUGGGGCUGUUAUAGAGACAACAGAAGGCCUCCAUGGAGUCCACAUUGAAGAUGAUGCUGACAGAAAAGUUUAUAUUGAUGAUCUGUCAUCUAUCGCUUAUCCAUUCAAAGAAAAUGAUAUAUUCCGUCUAGUCAAGUCUGCUCUUAUUGUUACUGGUAUUCUUGGCCACAAAAUACUGUCAAAAUCAGGCUUGAAGAUUAGGACUUGGGCAAAUGUUCCUCGUGGAAGUGGUCUCGGAACUUCCAGCAUAUUAGCGGCUGCUGUAGUCAAGGGUCUAUUUCAACUUAUGGACAACGAUGGAAGUGAUGAUAAUGUUGCUAGAGCUGUGCUGGUGGUAGAACAAAUAAUGGGCACAGGCGGUGGAUGGCAAGAUCAAAUUGGUGGCCUAUAUCCUGGAAUCAAGUGCACCCAGAGUUAUCCAGGACGGCCAUUGCGCCUGCAAGUUGUUCCACUGAUGGCAUCUACUCAGCUAAUUCAGGAAUUGGAACAACGUCUCCUGGUUGUGUUCACUGGCCAAGUAAGGCUUGCCCACCGAGUGUUGCAGAAAGUCGUGACCCGGUACCUCCGGCGUGACAGCCUCCUGAUAUCCAGCAUCAAGAGGCUGGCCGAGCUGGCCAAGACCGGGCGAGAAGCCCUGAUGAACGGCGAGAUCGGCGAGCUUGGUGCCAUAAUGCUGGAGGCCUGGAGGCUGCACCAGGAGCUAGACCCUUUCUGCAGCAACAGCUUCGUCGACGAGCUGUUCGCGUUCGCCGACCCCUACUGCUGCGGCUACAAGCUCGUCGGAGCCGGUGGUGGCGGCUUCGCCUUGCUGCUCGCCAAGGACCCGAGACGUGCCCAAGAACUCCGGCAGGCGCUCCAUGAGUCCGCGGCCUUCAACGUCAAGGUGUACGACUGGAACCUCGCCAUGCCACGGUGCUGAGGAGGUUGCACUCGUUCUUAUCAUUCUGUGUUGAUAUAGACAGGAUGAAGAAACUACCGGUUGCUAUCGUUUUUUACUUUGUUAAGAAUACUAUGGAUGAUCCUGGUUGAUUUGUAAAUGUGCAUUCAGUUCAUUGGAACAGCAAGUAUUCACAAUCAAGGAACUUGACAAAGCUAGUUUCCAGUU